GUCAAUUUCUGUACAUAUGCCACCACCUACACAUUGCCCUGCAUCCUACCUUUUGUCGCUGCAGCCUUCCCGGAAAAGAGUCAGCAAUGCCAUCUGCUACUAAACAUGAUGAUCUUUCAGUCCAUUGGAGACGUGAGCGGCCGCAUGCUAGCUCCAACCUCCAAGAGCGGACCACUACAGAAAAAGCUUCCACUCGUGGGUGGCGUGAUGCUUCCCCUCUGCUUCAGCUUCCUUGUAGCCUCUGCUGUGGACAGUUCUAUGAUAGCUGAUGUCUUAUCCUACGAGCAGGCAUUAUUUGCACUUCCGCUGGUGGUGAUGUGCUUUUUCUUCUGUCGCGGGAUGCUGGUCUCUGCUGUUUUCCUUCGAGCCCGAGGCCUCACAAGCAGCCGAGAAGCAGCGGAACACUUAGCCUCAACGAUGGGCUUUUGUGGGCAGAUGGGAGCUCUGUCGGCCAACGUCAUUACAUUCGCCGUCGUGAGCUACUUCCACUAG